GUGUGUGUGUGUGUGUGUGUGUGUGUGUGUGUGUGUGUGUGUGUGUAUAUACAACAAUCAGAUGAUAUUUUUCAACCAUUUAAUAUUAUUUGCAUCAUUGCAUGUUUUAUUUUUAAAAAGACUAAAGUUGGACUUGGAUGAAGCUCUACCAACCAGAUCCCUAUGCAUUCAUACAUUUACUUUUACAUCUAUGUCAUUCUGAGUAGAGUGAUAAAUGACAAGUUUUAUAUAUGAUGAUAAUUGUACACAUUAAAAUGAUAUAAAAUGUGCUUAUUGCAGGUAUAAUUAUUAAAAAUGCUACAUAGAAUAUUUCUAUCUUGGUUUAUAUGUACAUGCAUAGCUAUGCAUUCUAAUGACUUUUUAAUGAGAUUGUAUAAAAUUGUAAUGCAGAAGAAUUUGGGUUUUAUAUCUUCAGGGAAGCCAGAGGGUGAGGCUGUACUCAGUAGGUGUGGCCUGUAAUAUUAUUUCUCAGGAGGCAGUAAUUUGACAGCAUUCCUUCGUGACAAGGAAGCUGUAGACAGACACACGCUGCUGUGGCGAUGAGGAGGUUCCUGACGAUACAGAGAGAUGAAGAUUAUGCCCAGAUCCAGUUUCUCACAGCCAAAUGUAACCAGCUUGUACGGGAAAAGGCCCUGCUGGAGAGGGAGGUCCUGCUGGCCGUGGAGAGGGACCGAGCGUUGAGGACGGAGCUGGCGGCAGUGUCCCUGCGUCUCUGCCAGCAGGAGCAGGCCAACGUGCAGCUGUGUGUGAAGCACGAGGGGCUCCUGGCCCAGACCCGCCAACAGGAGAAGCACCUGCUGACCAGCAGGCCAGAGGAGAGCCCCAGGGACACAGGGCUGCUGGGCCAGCAGCUGGAGCAGGUCUGCGCAGAGCUGGAGCAGCUGCAGAGCUCUGACGCGCAGCUGGAGAGCCUGGUGGAGGAGAUACAGAGGGAGAGCCUGCAGCGGACUGCGCAGGUGGAGGAGCUGCAGGCCGAGCUGCGCAGCAAAAGCCAAGAAUUGGAGGAGCUGAGGUGCUACCACCAGGGGGCAGUACAGGAACUGCACUGGGAGAACGAGGGCAGCCUGCGGAAGCUGCAGGAGACCGCCGAGCAGUUUGAGUGGCUGUGUGAGCAGCAACGCAACUGGAUGUGUUGUGUAAAAAGGUUUAAGGAUUGCAUGUCGGAGGAGAGGGAGGCUUUGCUGCAGCAGAUGGGCCAGAUGGAGGCGGAGCUACGGGUGCUGAGAAAGGCCACAAAGACCAAAGGCUUGGAGGAGGAUGGCAGCGAGCCACGUGCAAUCAGCAGCAGAUUGAACACCUGGGACGCUGAUGUGAUGACUGACCUUCAAGCCGAGGUGGAUAAUUGGAGACAUCUGUACGAGGACCUCUAUGGCAAACUCACAUCUCACUCGGAUGUGUGGACAGUUGAUGGGUCCCAACAACCCCCCUGAGAACCCACGAGACUGGAAUCUGGGCUUUUAUAACCCCUAAAAGGGGUGUCGUUCUUAAUUCUAAGCUUAUGCCUGGGGUUGGCUGCUCUGGGAAUUAAAACAGAACUCAUGUCACAGAUAAUUGUUGUCUCGUAUGAAAUGUGUCCUUGCUUGAUAUGUCCUUGUGUAAAGACGGGUAAACUUACCACAAAGCAUAAUAAAAC